GCCUCCCCGCUGCUCCUCUCCUCCCCCCGUCCCCCGGCAAUGGCGAAGACGAAGCCCAUGGCGGCUGCCGCCGCCGCCGCCGCGGCGGACAAGAAGAAGGGGAAGGGCAAGAAGAAGAAGCAGGGGAAGAACGGCCCGGCUGCGGUCGCGAUGAAGGCCCGCGGCGCCGCGGCGGCGGCGGCGGCGGCGGCGGCGUCGGGGAGCAACAACCCCUUCGAGGCCAUCUGGUCCCGCCGCAAGUUCGACGUGCUGGGCAAGAAGCGCAAGGGGGAGGAGCGCCGCAUCGGCCGCGCCCGCUCUGAGGCCAUCCACAAGAGGGAGAACACUCUGCUCAAGGAGUUCGAGCAGAGCGCCAAGUCGUCCGUGUUCCAGGACCGGCGGAUCGGGGAGAGGGACGAGACGCUGCCCGAGUUCGACAAAGUUAUCCUCCGCCAGCAGCGUGAGCACAUGGCAAAGCUGAAACGAGAAAGCAAAUACAAUCUAUCUGAUGAUGAGGAAGAUGAGGUUGAUGUUCACCUGCCUCACUCUCUCUCGGGAAAAGAUGAUUUUGAUGAAGAAGUGCCUCUUGAUGAUUAUAGUGAUGAAGAAGGUCACAUGAUCCUCUCGAAGAACCGCAUACCUCUCCAAAGUGGUGAUGUUCCUUCAGAAAUUGGUCUUCCUGAAGGAACUAAUGUUCACAAGAGCAAGAAGGAAGUUAUGUCAGAGAUCAUUUUAAAGAGCAAAUUUUACAAGGCCCAAAAGGCCAAGGAGAGGGAAGAGGAUGAACAUCUUGUAGACAAGUUGGAUAGUGACUUUGCAAUGUUAGCCCAGACACAGGCGAUGUUGUCCUUGACUCGAUCAGCUAGAAUGGAUGCAAAUAAAUAUAAUUCAAGUACAGUCCAGAAAGAUUCAUUUGGUUUGACUGCCAAGGAGAUUUUUAAUAAGGAAAAACCAGAUGCAUAUGAUAAAUUAGUGAAAGAAAUGGUUAUGGAUCAACGUGCUCGUCCAUCAGACAGGACAAAAACACCAGAAGAAAUAGCUCAGGAGGAAAAAGAACGUCUUGAGAAGUUGGAGAAAGAGCGUCAGAAACGAAUGCUUGGAACUGCUGAGUCCUCUGAUGAAGAUGAUGAUGAUGACGAGGAGGGUGACCGCAGCACGAAGCUAGACAGCUCAAAACCUAUAUCUGGUGAUGAUCUUGGUGAUUCCUUUUCUACUGAUGAGCCAGCAAGAAAGGAAAAGGGCUGGGUCGAUGAAAUUUAUGAAAGAGAGGGUAAAAAGAUUGGUGAAGAUGCUGAAGGGUCAGACAAUGAAGAAUCUGAUGAUGAUGGUGAUGACGAUGAUGAUGAUGCUGAGGAUGGUGAUGAUGAUGCUGAGGAUGAAGAUGAAGAAGAGGAUUUAAGUGAUAAUGACUUUGGUAAUAUGUCUGCUAGAGACUGGGAGCAAAGUGACGAUGAUGAGGUUACCGUGGAAGAAGAUGAAAUGGAAGGUCUCAAACAAAAGGAACAGAAGAUCAGUGGCAAAGUGGUGAAAAAAGAUCUACAAAAUUCAAAGAAAGAGUCUAAUGCAGAAUCGCAAGUCAAGGAUGACAAUCUUCCUUUUGUGAUAGAAGCACCAAGUAACUUGAAAGAUCUAUGCUCCUUGCUAGAUGGUUGGUCAGAAACUGAAAUAAUUGAGAUUAUUAGUCGAAUUCGUACAUGCAAUUCAAUAAGGCUUGCAGCUGAAAAUAGAAAGAAGAUGCAAGUUUUCUAUGGUGUUCUCCUGCAGUACUUUGCAGUAUUAGCUACUCAGAGUCCAGUGAGAUUCAAACUAAUUGACACCCUUGUUAAGCCUUUAAUUGAGAUGAGUGGGGAGACUCCAUAUUUUGCUGCCAUCUGUGCGAGGCAGCGACUUAUCCACACACGUACUCGUCUAUGUGAAGAUAUAAAGGUUUCAGGAAAGAGCUGCUGGCCAAGUUUGAAAACAUUACUUCUUCUGCGGUUAUGGUCUCUUAUAUUUCCCUGCUCUGACUUCCGCCAUGUGGUAGCAACUCCAAUGCUUUUGCUUAUGUGUGAAUAUUUGAUGCGAUGCCCCAUACAAUCUGGUCGAGAUGUAGCCGUUGGUUCUUUCUUGUGUUCCAUGGUGCUUGUGGCUACUAAAGAGUCUAAGAAAUUCUGCCCUGAAGCUGUCGUUUUUCUGCAAUCUCUUUUGGUAACAUCUCUGGGAGGAAACCUGGGAUCUGACCUACGAAAAAAGAUCAAUGAUCAAUUUUUGGAGCUCAAGACAAUGGAACCAUGGCUUCAUAUCCAUGAAAAAGUGCACGAGGUGAAUCCAGCGAAUAUCCUGGAAGUCAUAUGCAUGGAUUCUGAUGCUCCUUAUUUCUCCUCUGAUAAUUUCAAGGCUAGUGUACUUCUAUCUGUGGCUGAAUGUUUAAGGGGAUUUGUUAUUAUACACGAAGAACUAUGUUCGUUCCCCGAAAUUUUCCUGCCAAUCUCUUCUUUGAUGCAAGAAAUUAUGGAUAAAUCAGACUUGCCUGGAUUGUUACAAUACAUUUUACAUGAAGUCAUUGAGUUGAUUAAAAACAGAAGUGAUGAAGUCCAUGCAUCAAGGCAGCCACUCCAAAUGCGAAAGCAGAAGCCUGAACCAAUCAGGCAGUUGAAUCCGAAAUUUGAAGAGAAUUACAUUAAAGGCCUUGAUUAUGACCCUGAUCGGGAAAGGGCACAAAUGAAGAAAAUGAAGAAACGCCUUAAGAGUGAGAAGAAGGGUGCAAUGCGCGAACUGCGUAAAGAUAAUUAUUUCCUGUCUGCUGUGAAAGAGAAGGAGAGGAUAAAACAAGAGCAAGAGAGAGCUGAAAAGUAUGGAAAAGCCAUGGCUUUCCUUCAGGAGCAGGAACAUGCUUUUAAAUCUGGACAGCUAGGGAAGGGCAGAAAAAGGAGGCGGUAACAUUUUCUCCAUAUUUAGUGUGUGUAAAUAUAUUGAUUAUAUUCCCCAUGCUGUUCAGUUCACCAUCUUUCUUGGGUACUGGAGAUUUAGACACAGCGAAUGGCCUUUGCAUGCUCCAUUUUAACUGCCUGUUGUAACUUCUAGCUUGUGGACACACCGAAAUACAAAAGUAGAUGGUCAGAACUCCCUUGUUAGCAAUAUGGAGACGGAGCGUCACUUGCAUGAAAGCUACUUGGAAGAAUGUUUUUGCAAUCUCCCCAACAAAGCACCAACAUGGCAAUGGUUUUUUUAUUUCUCUUGUAUCGGGAAAUGGAUUGCUCUACUGUGUUAUACUCCUGCAAUAGCAAUUUUGAUGUAUCACAGCCAAGAGUUUUUGAUGUGUUCCCUUUCCUUUUUGCACUCGUCAGAUGUACUGGAAUGUAAACCAAUGAAAUCCUUAAUGUAACAUUACUUCCAUUUUAUAGCCAUUCCUUGCCAUGUUGUUCA